AUGGCUUGCUUAUCCGAGCCCUCUUUUCUGCUGCGCCACAUUCGUCGCUGCGGCGCGGAUGAGCCAAGGCAAACUUCACAGCACACCACUGCAUCAACCACGGGUGCCACUAGCGAUAGCUCGUACACCACGGAGGUUUUUCUCAAAGUGGGGGUGCCAGCAUCCUUCGUUCCCGCCGACAGCUCCUCUGGCACGGCCUCGCCAGCGCCGGUUUGCUACAUGUGUCCAGCAUACAUUCUACAAGCAGGAUGCCCAGCACUGCGCGAGUUGCUGGCAGAUGCCUUUGAGGGUGACCCUGGUGGGGUGCGUGGAGUGGGCGACAAGGUCGGCGCGAACUCCGCUGCGACUGUCGCGCUUCGGUCGUCGUCUCCGGUGGCGGUUCCACUUCCGUUUCUCGACAAAGAUGUCUUCGAUGUGGUAGCAGUGUACUUGGAGCACUUCCACGCGCUCGACUACACUACCUCUGCCAGCAUCGCUGCAGCCGAAGCACACCCGUCUCCGACUUUCUUGUCCUCCCCUGCUCGCGUACCGUCCUCACUGCAGCGGCCUCUGAACUUUCAAGACCUCUACGCCCUCUCGACGUGGGAGCAUUACUACGUCUUGUGCCAACUGCUGGGGUUAGAGCGGUCGCAGGUGGACUCCCUCCGUCUGGUCGAGUGCGGGGCGUGGGUCGAUCUUCUCGGUGGUGCCACUGCGGUACCAUUGCCGAAAGGGGAAACGCAGCAGCAGCAGCAGCGCCAGGUGACUGUCGCACAUGAAGUUGCGCUCUCUCAGCAGCGUGCCGAGUGUUUCUCACUCGCCAACCGUCGACGGAUGUGGUCGCGUUUGUGCCACGUGCUGGGAGCGGCCUCGCAACUUGGGAUGCCUACCUUGCGGCUGCUAUGUGCAACGGUAGCGGCUGACAUGCUCGUAGACCUCGAUGAGGCCGGCUUAGCGCGACUGAUGCAGCCGUCUGGGGAUGGCGGCAGCGGCAGCGGUAUACCUCCUUUUACGGCUCAGGCACGCGCGCAGGUGCUGGAGCGAUUUCCGUGGCUGACGCCCCGGUAG